AUGCCUUUUUUCAGUUUCACUCCUCUUCGUAUCGCUGUUGUGACGUGUCGUGACACCUUUUCGGAGACGGUAUUACCGAUUGUACCUAUGGCUGAGUACGGUUCAAGCACGAACCAUGUCCAGCCACAGCCGAUAGCCAGCAACAAUUCGUCGCCAUUUGCUGCUCAGCUCCAUCAUCUGAUGAAACUUCAUUGCAAAUCGCCAUCAGAUGUGCUUAAUGUUCUGGGCUAUACUACGCCGGAAACGUAUCAGUCCCCGACAAUCUACCAACCGCUCCAACAGUUCCGGUAG